AUGGCCGGGCACGCUUUGCACUCGCAACGCUCGUCCCUCGCGGAUCUCGACUACUACGACGACACACGGUCUGCCUCUGCCUAUUCCGACGACGGCUCUUCGCGGUAUCCCAGUGCGUUGCAUAGCAGAUCGCACUCGACUCAGGAUCCGGGACAGCAGUAUCAGUAUCAACAGGAGUCUGGGAGGAGGCAGCCAUCCCUUGCGCAGAUCACGGUGCCAUCCUUCUCGGCGUUCAGAUCUCAGGUUUCCAGUAUACCUGUAUCCUCGCCCAGUGCGACCAGACGGAAGCAGUUACCGGCGCAUGCUCCUCGAGCACACUCGCUAGCUGAACUACCCUCACCACGCCUUACCAAUCCGGCUGCACGACCACUGUCGGUGGACACAGCACAUCCACAGCCCAGUGGGUUGGCAAAGUUGACGAACGCGGUCUCACCACCUCGGAGUGAGACCUCUCCCGUGAGACAGGACCAUAGUGCAUCAUACACCUACACACCUCGACCGCACACGCGUAACGACUCUAUAGAUUCACGAAUCGCCGACUCCGAGACCUCCUCGUCCCUCUAUGGCGGAGAGUCGCGUCGCUCAAGCAUCCCGGUACAUUUAAGAUAUGCUCAGGAGCAUACCAUAUCACAUGCGCCGAAGCAGUCCGUCUCGAGUAUAGACUACACGUCACAAUAUUCGCCGACGAAAAGAUUGAGUGCUGUCUCUUCGAUGAACGGAAGCAGGAGACCUCCCGAGAUGAAGCUGGAGAUGGAUGGCGUGCAGAGGACAUUGACGGAUGAGUCGAUAGGGUCAGCCGCUGACUCUCCGAGCACUCACCGGUCCAAGUCACCGGGUGGCAGCAGGUGGAAGCUGUUCGGCAGGAAGGGGAGUGUACCCAAGGUGAAUGGAGACUCCCCUACCACUACGUUCUCAGAACGCUCUGUCUCUCCCGGGCCUUCGCCUCACUUGCAGACACCCAUUGCGAUGGAGCAGUCGCCGUUGGGUCCGCGGUUGACGCCGCCGGGGCUGGACAUUCACAAGGCGAAUGCCCUGUCAGGUCCGCGGAGUGACUACUUUGAGAACCCGGAGACACCGAUUUUGAUCGGCACACCAGAGACGAAUGCCCACGUGAAAGAGUUGGAGCGUGAGCUGGCACACGUGUCGUCGGAGCUUGCGAGCUCGGUGAAGCGCGAGAUGGAGCUGGAAGAUGAAUUGGACCGGAUAAGAACGGAAGCACCCACUGUACAACCUUCAGAUGCCGGAAGGAGAACGAGCGACUACUACUCGGACUCUGGAGCCUCAACACGCUACCCUGUGUCGGAUGUGGACUUGAAGCUGGACCAGAUGGAGCGGUCGCUGCGGAAAGUGGAGCAAGAGAAGGCUUCGAUCAAGGUGGAUAUGGCGUCUCGACUCCAAGCCGAGCUCAGUCGGCGAAGGGAUCUGGAGCAGAUGGUGCAGCAUAUGGAGGAGCAGUUACAGCGGAAGUUCGACGAGGACGAAGAUCACAGGGACGCGGAGGAGCGGGUAGAUGAGCUGGAGUCCACGUUGGAAGAUACUAGGAGGCUUCUGAAUCAGGAACGGCAGGCGAAGGGCAGCUUUGAGGAUCUGUAUAGCGCGACGAGAUUGGAAAUGGAGCUGCAUAGGAACGAGCGGGACAACCUCCGCGAUGAGAUUGUGCCUGGGUUGCGAGCGAGGGUGGAGGGUCUGGAGACGGAGGCAGCUGAUACUCAGGCGUUGGUGUAUGAGAACACGAGGAUGCAGCAGGAGCUUGUGGCGCUGAAAGGGAAGAUGCAGGGCCGGUUUGGAAGUAUCGCAGAGGAGGAUAUCAGUGGUGUCACUUCGCCGACGAUUGGUGGACCGCGUGUUGGUCUUUCGAGAUCCGGAUCGCUGGCGAGGAGUCAAAGCAAGCGUGGUGGCUCGUUGACGCGGUCUGGCUCGGUCAAAGAGAGGGAAGCAGGUGGUGGUCGUCAUCGGUCUGGCUCGCUUAAUGGGGACGCCGUCAAGGAGAUCGAGGACCAGCGGGAUGCUCUGCACAAGGCUUUGAAGCUGCUGAUCAUAAGAUGCGAAAAGCAGCAGAGGGAGCACGAGCGUGCCAUCAAGAAGCUGACCAAGGCGAAGACGAAGGCGGAGCAGGUCACUCCGACUCGAACUGCUUACCACAAGGAGGUGGCUUUCCUGAAGGAAGAAGUGGCGUCCCUGAGGAAGCGAGCAGAAGACGCUCUCGAGCAGAAGUGGCAGUACGAGAAGGGCCUUGGAGGCAUCAAGAUGGACCUCGACCGCGCCGAGAUGGAGACUAGAGGCCUCCGCAUCAUCCUGCAAGACCACGACAUCCUCGCACCCACCACGCCCACUCGGACCAGCGGCGAAAGCAUCGAAGCAGAAGAAGACAGACUCAAACUCAGCAUUUCCACCGCGGAAGCCGAACGCGACCAAGCCCGCCACAUCGCCGCCCAAUACCGCGCGCGCGCGCAAGAAGUCGACGACAACAGCGCCGCCGAGCUGAUGCGCUCCGCCAACCGCAUGGACCAGCUCGCCGCCGAGCUCGACAAGCAGGUCCAAUCGAACGUCCAGCUGCGCAACCGGCUCGCCUCCGCCGUCGCCAAAGGCGAGCAAGAACAGCGCGAGUCCAACGGCCGUAUUGCUGAUAUGCAGAAACGGUUGACCGUGAUGGAGGACUCCGUGCUCGCGGCGCAACAGCACUCGGAAGCCACGCUCGGCAACCACGAGGCCGAAGUGCGCCGGAUCGAGGAAGCGUCUUCCCCAUCGCUGCAACGCCUGCGCAUCUCCAUCCCUAACGGCGGGAGCAAGAGACUCGCUCCCCCAUCUCCGCUAAUGGCCAAGAGCCCAAAGAUCGGGGGCAAGCGACUGACCGAGACGUCUCUGCUCGAGAUGAGCCGGACGCAGAUGCUGGAGCGGAAAGUCAAGGAGAUGGAGGGUCUGCUGCGCGAGGCGGAGGAGGACAUGCAUGUGGUGGUGCAGCGGGUGAAUCAGAGUCAGAUGGAGGUUAAUGAGCUGCAGACGGAGCGGGACGUGGCGUUGGGGCAGAUGCGGAAGUUGCAGGGGUUGAUUAGUGAGGAGCGGGAGAGGGUUGGGGGGUUGAUGGGUUGA